CUCCUCUCUCUCCCUCUCUAUACGUGUUAAGCUUUCGCCUCUACCAAAGCAAAGCAAGACGAGAGAGAGAGCGCACUUGGCUCAGCAAGCAGCCGCCAUGACCAGCAGCAGUGAGUGAGUGACUCGUGAGGUGAGCACAGAGGUGGUGGAGCUUUCGCAUCCACGCCCCCGUCCGAUGUCCCUCGGCUCCCCGAGGGGAAAGAGGCCCGCUCUCUCUCUCCGUCUUCUUCCCCCGAUCUGCGACCUUCGCCUGCCCAGGUCUGAUCAAUGGGGCAGGAUUCUGGCUUGAAACGCCAGUCUCAUUCCAGACUGAGACCAGUUCCUGAAGUUCCGCAACCCCAAUGCGGUACCAGCGAAGACAGCCGGGACAGAAGGUACCAUCAGCUGAAAUGCUCAGACGGCAACUCGGGAGAUGUCCGCUUCGACCGGAUCCCGAAUUUCCACUGCAAGAGCUUGCCCACGAGAAGCCGCCUCACGAAUGCAGAGGAUAUCACGGUGGCGAAGCGCGGUUCUAUGUACCAGAGUUCUAGUGAGAUCAGCAGGAUAAGGAAACUCGGCCAGGAGGGCAGGAGGAAGAAGAUCGAUUCUGCGUGUAACGGGGAUGAGUUUCUGUCCUUUGAUAUCGUCGACUCGUCCUCUCGGCCUAGCACAAGUGGAGCUUACCUUGUUUCCCACCAGAACCGGAGGUCAGAGGCUAAGUCUUCUGUGGAAACUCGUAGAAUUCAUCGAGCGUCCAAGGACUUCCUGGAUUUAUCGUUCCGUGAACUUCCUGAUGAAAAUUUCAAGCUUGACCGACCGCGAAUGGACUGCACCCUGUUGAAAAAUGAUGCCGCUGAUGGUUUCCUGGAGAUCUCUCUUGAGGGAGAGGUCACAAAAGGCCCCUGCAGAAAUGCAGCUCCUCAUUUGCUAGAUAGAGAGUCAGUUAGAGGUACAGAUGCAAAGGCCAGUGUAUGUCCUGGUGAGAGUAACUGUGGUGAGACGGAGAGGAUUCCCGUAAGCAAUUUUCCCAAGUACAUGUCAGCAAAGAUGAGUGCCUCGGAUGGUACCCGUCCAUCGGAAUGUGUCCAGCAGUGCACAGAGAACAGCACAAAAGCCCGAUCAAGUCCUUUCAAGAAGAUUCUGGACCCUAUCAUGAAGUCCAAGUCUCUUAGAAGCCCAUCUCUCGUUGAAAAGGAAGACCCUAACUCUACUACUGCGCCGAUUAGCAGGAAAAAUGGUGUAUCCCGCAAAUCCUUGCUGAGUGAUUUCUCAAGGACUGAACGGAGCCAAGCAUCUAAUUGCCAGCCAAAUGGAGAAAGUCGGCACAUGAUGGCUACUUUGUCGCCUGCUCAUCUUCGAGCAGUUCUUAAAUUUGAUUCCAAGAAUGGUAUUCCUUCUUUUGAGUUUUUUGUCGAGGGCCCGGAAGAAUCCAUUUCUGCUAGGUCUUGGGAAACUAGGAGUGAACUGAACUGGAUUUAUACUUUCCAUAGUGGUGGUAAACGAGGAAGCACUGCUGGAAGGUCCUCCAAAGAUGAUCGCAGAUGUUCACCACCAACUGUAGGCCAGAUGCAUGUUUCGUCUUAUUUAUGCUCUGAAGUUGCAAAAGAUGGUAUUGUGAGUAAUUCUGUCAACACUGAGUUUGUUUUGUAUGAUAUUGCCCAUGCAAGACGAAGUUUUGCUGCCGAGGAGAAGACUCAAUGCACAGAGACCACUCACCCAAAGUUGUGCAGUGUUGUUGAUAAAUCAAUCUCUGGCAACUAUCCACAGCAGAUUAAUCUGAUUGACCAGCAAAACAGUGUAAGAAAUAACUCAGAGGUCUCAACAUCUUGCCCAUGGUCUGAAGAGGAUCUUUAUCCUCAUUUGGAGAUUGCAGCAACUGUUAUUCAGAUUCCAUUUAGCAAAGACAAGUCCAAAGAGAAUGGUCCAUCCUCUGGUACUAUCAAAGUAGUUACACCGAGUGGGCUUCAUGGAUUAUCAAACGAUAAUGAAGCCAGCCCAUCGCCCUUGCUAGACAGAUGGAGGUAUGGUGGGGGCUGUGAUUGUGGCGGAUGGGACAUGGCUUGUCCACUUGUCGUCCUUGGAAGUGAGUAUGACAAUAACUGGGUGGAUUCUGUAACAAAGGAAAGCAAGCACCCUAUGGAGCUCCUUGUUCAGGGUAGCAAAGAAGAGCUCCCUGCCCUUUCCAUGAAGGCCAACGGGAAAGGACAGCUAUUGGUGGAUUUCCAUGCGCGGUUAUCAGCAUUACAGGCAUUCUCAGUCUGCAUUUCUCUGUUGCACUGUUCUGAGGCCUCGACGGCUGUCAGUAUUGAGAAGGGCAAGCACAAGCUCUACUCCAGUUCACUCAAGAUGCUCCUUGAGGGGGAAGUGAGGCAGCUGAUUGAGGCGGUCACGGCAGAAGAGAACAAGAAACCGAAGACAAAGAGAGAAAAGGCACCUCCAUCCAUUGUGCUCGACCCGCGGCACCCGCCUUUUUCUCCCCUGGGAAGAGUAUAGAGACUGAACAAAUUGAUGGAUGAAGACCCCUGGGGAACCAUGUGUGUUCUUCUCAUCAUGUGUAACAUUAUCGGUCAUGAUUUGGCUUGAUGUUCAUAUUCUUUUGUGAUAGAAAAGGGUUAAUUUAUCUUGUUGAUAGAGAUGGAGGAGGUUGCAUGUACUAGUUUCUAGUAGUCUUUAGGUUUUAGGGAACCAGCAAGGCCAUAUGUUAUGUUGCUGAAAUGCAGAACAGAAGAGGGUUGCUUGUACAAGCUAGGCAGUUCCAUGUUCCAACAGAAAGAAUAUAAAUAAAAACAGUUGGCCAUUGCUUCUGUAUACUUAGAAGCUCA